CCCAAUAGUAUAUUAUAGUCUGAUGAUGUUCAUUCAAGUACAAGCCACCACAAACACAACCAACCAUUCCUAUCAUCCCACACCAUGCUUCAAAAGCUAACCACCCUCUUCUCUGAACCCUAUUCAUGGUGGUUUCAAACCACCACCACCACCACCACCUCCCUCCCCUUCCUCCUCCUCACCACCACCCUCCUCCUCCUCCUCUCCCUCUCCUGGUUCUUAUACCUCAAACCCACAACCCCUGACCCCCCACUACCACCAGGCCCUCUCGGCCUCCCAAUCCUCGGCAGCCUCCCAUUCCUCGACCCAGAACUCCACACCCACUUCUCCACCCUCUCUCAAACCCACGGCCCCAUCCUCACUCUCCGCCUCGGCACCAAAAUCGGCAUCGUAAUCUCCUCCCCUUCCAUCUCCCGCCAAAUCCUCAAAGACCAUGACGUCACCUUUGCCAACCGUGACGUCCCCGUCGCCGGCCGUGAGGCGGCGUACGGCGGUUCCGACAUCGUCUGGACUCCGUACGGACCCGAGUGGCGGAUGCUGAGAAAAGUCUGCGUCCGCGAAAUGCUCAGCAACGCCACCUUAGACUCCGUCUACGGCCUCCGCCGCCGUGAGCUCCGGCGGACUAUCCAGUACUUUUAUAGUCGGGUCGGAUCGCGGGUCAACGUUGGGGAGCAGAUGUUUUUGACGGUGAUGAAUGUGAUAACGAAUAUGUUGUGGGGAGGGACGGUGAAGGGGGAGGAGAGGGGGAAGAUGGGGGCGGAGUUCCGGCAGGUGGUGGCUGAGAUGACGGAGCUGUUGGGGAAGCCCAAUUUGUCAGACUUUUUUCCGGGUUUGGCCCGGUUUGAUUUGCAGGGGGUACAGAAGCAGAUGAAGGGGUUGGCGAAGAGGUUUGAUCGGAUUUUCGAGAAUAUAAUUGAUCAAAGGCUGAAAAUGGACGGUCAUGGAAGUGGAACCGCCGAGGAGAGUGCCGAUUUUUUGCAGUUUUUGUUGAAGCUGAAAGACGACGGAGACGCCAAAACGCCUCUCACCAUCACCCACCUCAAAGCCUUGCUAAUGGACAUGGUUGUCGGAGGAACAGACACAACCUCAAACACAGUUGAGUUUGCCUUGGCCGAGAUGAUGAACAAGUCACAAGUUCUGAGAAAAGCCCAACAAGAAGUUGAGACAGUAGUUGGCAAAGACAACAUAGUGGAAGAAUCGCACAUUCAUAAAUUACCCUACUUAUACGCGGUGAUGAAAGAGACUCUGCGCCUCCACCCCGCCCUGCCGCUCUUGGUGCCUCACUGCCCCACUGAGUCCUGCAUUGUCGGAGGCUACACUAUUCCCAAAGGUGCUCGUGUUUUUGUUAAUGUGUGGGCUGUGCAUAGAGACCCUUCAAUUUGGACAAACCCAUUGGAGUUUGAUCCAGAGCGGUUUUUGGGGGAUUCUAAGUGGGAUUAUAGUGGGAAUGACUUCAAUUAUUUCCCAUUUGGGUCCGGGAGAAGAAUUUGUGCAGGGACUGCAAUGGCGGAGAGGAUGUUCAUGUUUUCGCUUGCUUCGCUUGUGCACUCUUUUGAUUGGAAAUUGCCUGAAGGAGAGAAAUUGGAUUUGGAAGAGAAGUUUGGUAUUGUGUUGAAGAAGAAGGUACCUCUUGUUGCAAUCCCAACGCCGAGGUUAUCUGACCCAAUGCUAUAUGAGUAAAAUCCAGAGAAGAUUGUUACUAAAAAAAAGAAAAUAAAAUAAAAAGGUUCUGGUGGUUGAUGUAGGUUCCAUGUUUGGAAUGAAAGUCCCAGGAUGAUGCAAUUGCAUGUUGUAUUAAUUACCCAAAAGUUGAGAACUUUAUGUUCAUUUUUUUUUUCCCUAAAUGAAUUGCUGAUUGUCCAAUGCCUUUGUAAACAGACUUUUCUUUGAAAUUAAUGUGCAUUUCAAAUACUAAAGUGUUGUUAUUUUGUUAGACCAUGUCACAUUAGUUUAUUCAAAAAAUAAUAAUAAAACUUGAAAUUUGUGUGAA